AGAUGGCCAACCACAGCACUAUCCCUUGCUGAUACUGUCCAAUAGGUCAGGCAUGGUCCACCCAAAACCAGCUUGCUGUAGUUUAACACCUGCUCAGUCAUGCCUUUUACCUCUCAGCACUAGUGGUGAGUUACUGGGCAAGCCAAGUUAAUAGCUAACAGGCUGAGCAACUGUGGCCUGGAAGGGCCAAAGGUGGAAGUUCAGAUGCAUAUGGCCAGUGAAGGGUGUAAAUAAAGGAAGGGGAGGAACUGGAGAGAUACUCAGUUGCUAGGUCACUUUCCAGCACAAAGGAAAAAGACAGACAGCAUGAACAAAGUCAACAGGGCUUCUAAAAGCAUCCUUCCCCAUGCUCGUAAAGGGCCAAAAUUUCCUCCCUGGCCCCUGAUCUGCUUGUUGGCCUUGCAGCACCUCCUGGUCCAGGUAUCUUUUCUCUGCGUCUUUCACUUUUUCUUCAUCGCCACCCUCCCCGGCAAGAUGCUGAAUGGUACUCCAUGUUGGAAUGAACUUCUAGCAUGCAACCUUUUUGCCUGUGGCAUAGCCACAGCCUUGCAAUGUGGAUUGGGAACCAGGUUGCCGCUGGUUCAGGCUCCAUCUUUUGAGUUCCUUAUCCCAGCCAUGAUACAGACCCAACAUAUGGCUCCCAUUCUCCAGUCAAAUGGAAAUAGCACUGAGGCCCCCGACAUAUGUGCUGGGCCAGAUUGUGAAAACUCAAGAAACUGGGAUCAGUUACUCCAUGAGGUUUCAGGUGCAGUGCUGAUUUCCGCUCUGGUGCAGGUGGCAUUGGGGAUGUCAGGUGCCUGUGGGUGGAUUACCCAUCGCUGCGGACCCAUGGUUCUGGCCCCAAGCCUUUCUGUCAUUGGACUUUCAGCAUACAGACCUGCUGCUCUUCUCUGCUCUGAAAACUGGGGAGUCGCCCUGCUGCUUGUGUUGCUGUGCGUUUUGCUAUCCCAACACCUGGCUUCCUGCCGACUGCCCAUUUGCCAGUGGAGCCAAGCAAGAGGGCUCACUAUAAAAUCGGGCAGCCCAGCCCUGCACUUUUUCUCGAUUCUGCUGCCCUUCUCUGGGAUCUGGCUUGUCUGUGGGAUGCUGAGACCUGUUCCAACCCCUUGGGACGUGUUGCAUCCUUCCACACGUCACUUAACCCUCACCAACAGCACCCUCCAGUCCCCAUGGUUCAAGCUGCCUUACCCAGGUGCACAGGGCUGGCCAGUACUUAGUACCCGUGCCAUUGGCAUUGGUGCUGCUAUGGGUGUUACCGCAAGCAUGAAUUCUGUGGGCUGCUAUCUGCUGUGCAGAAAGUCCCUAUGGGAUCCACCCCCACCACAGCAUUUGUGCAACAGAGGGCUCUGUACUGAGGGCCUUGGCACGCUCCUGUCAGCUGUGCUGGGCAGCGUGUCUGGAACUGCAUCCAGCAUGCCCAAUGCUUGUGCCGGCAGACUGACCCAGGCUCCCUCAUGUCGUGCAGUGUGGAUCAGUGCGUUGGCAUGUGUACUGUUGGGACUGUCUCCUCGGCUCAUGGGAAUUCUUACCACCAUCCCUCUGGCAAUUCAUGGAGGAGUGCUAUGUGUGACAUACAGCAUGGCUGUGGGCACCGGUGUCUCUUACUUCCAGUACACAAACAUUGACUCAGGCAGGAACAUCUUCAUUGUGGGCUUCACUAUGUUCAUGGGUCUGCUGGUUCCGAAGUGGCUCUUCACGGCGCCAGGGUCCCUGGCCACAGCUACAGGUUGUGUCCCUGUAGACCUCUUCCUCCUUUCUCUGUUGAUGGUUCCUGCCUUUAUAACUGGAUUCCUAUCCUUUUUCUUAGAGAACACAGUUUCCGGCACCCUGCAAGAGCGUGGGCUGCUCAACUACCCAUCAGCAAGCAAACCAGAGGCCAGAAAGAAUUCCCUGCAGCAAUGCAGAAAUGGCUCCGCACAAAGAAAUCAGGUACCUCUAGUCCUACAAAAGCAUCCACUACCUUCAUGGCGUAAGGGCUUUCCCUUCUGUUUCCUUUGUCCCUUGGGAGUCGACAAAGUGGAGAUUGUGAACACUUACCCCCUGGAAGAAUUGCGCUAUUCAGAAGAGCAAACCACAGAUCUGCUGCUGAAACCAGAAACAGUGGUGCUGGAGUCAGAACUGGAGCUGGAGACAGUACAAGAGCCUAACAUUCCACAAAGGAAUUUGGAGAAUCAUAAAUAUGGCAGACCAACAGCUAAUGAGAUGACCUCUCUACGCUGAUCUCUAAAUAGAAACUUUAUUCAAAGACAGGUACUUGAAAAAAUCUGGAAACAAUAGGACU